AUGGCGGAGGGGGACACCCACACCCCCCCGCGCAUCGCCCGGGGACAUGCUGAGCCCCGGCUGCCGGCGCGGGGCGUGGCCUGGCAGGAGGGGGGCGUGGUCAGACAGAGCCUGCGCUGCCUCUGGCUGGAGGGAAACUUCCUCGCCCGCUUCCCCAGCGCCCUCCUGCACCUGCCCGACCUCCGCAGCCUCCAGCUGGGUGACAACCGCCUCGCCCGCCUGCCUGCCGGGCUGUCCCGCAUGGCCGCCCUGCGAGGGCUCUGGCUCUACGGGAAUCGCUUCGAGGAGUUUCCCCCGGUCCUGCUGCGGAUGGUUCAUCUUCACGUCCUCGACCUGGAUCGCAACCGCAUCGCUCGCUUUCCCGACCUGACUUGCAUCUCUGCCCUGCGGCUCCUCUCCUACGACCACAACCCCAUCCAGCAGCCACCCUGUGUCGGGGAUACUGUUCAGCUGGUGGGUAAUGGGGCGCAGGAGUUCAUGGAGGCACGGCAGGAGCGCCUGCAGAGCCUCCAGCAGCAGCAGCAGGAGGAGGAGGAGGAAGGCACUGAGGCCCCACCAGCAGCCCCCGGGGACGACUCACCACUGCUGGAGGACGGGGAGAGCAGCUUUGCGGCCUUGCCAGGCUCCCCAGAGGAAACAUGAGCCGUCAUGCUGCAGCCGGACACCGCAGUGGGGUGGGGAGCCUCCCCCAGGCUCCCAGGGUCCACCAUCUCCCAGCUAGUGCUGCUGGGGAAGAUGGAAGCUCAGAACCUCCCUGUGAAGGAAAACAGAUGGCCCAAGGACCAGCAUCUCCCAGUCAGGACAACCAAGAGCUGCCUCCUGGAUCUGCAGGCCUUGUGGAUCACGAUCAGGAUCCAUGAGCCCACCUCAGAGCA